GCCUUUUAAACCCCCCCAAAGCGGAAGCAGCAACUCGUACGCGGAAGUGAGGGCAGCGGCGACAGCGCAGGGGACUGGGCAGGCUCCGUUCGGGUGCGCAGGCUCAGUGCAGCCAAAGCAGCGACUCUGGGGCGGGAGCCCUGUGCUGCAUUCAAGCUGGAGUCGCCUGUGGAGCGCAGCAACCUGAUGGACACCUCGGAGCCCGGGAGCGCCACCGAGGAGGAAGAGGAGAAGGCGACGGAGCAGAGGCCCAGAACCCGCUCCAACCCGGAGGGGGCCGAGGACCGAGCCUUGAGCGCGCAGGCCAGCGUGGGGAACCGCAGCGAGGGGGAAGGAGAGGCGGCUAGUGCUGAUGACAGCCCGCAGAGCGCUGCCACGCCCAAUGGCAAAGACUGGCAGGUCCCGGCGCAGCCCACGGAGUUCCAGGUCAAGACACCUAGGGUGAACUGCCCUGAGAAAGUGAUCAUCUGCUUAGACCUCUCUGAGGAAAUGUCUCUGCCCAAACUAGAAUCCUUUAACGGAUCCAAAACCAAUGCUCUGAACAUCUCCCAGAAGAUGAUUGAGAUGUUUGUGAGGACGAAGCACAAAAUCGACAAAUGCCACGAGUUCGCUCUGGUGGUGGUGAACAAUGAUGCCACCUGGCUCUCCGGUUUCACCUCUGACCCCAGAGAAGUGUGCAGCUGCCUGUAUGACCUGGAAACUGUGGUCUGCAAGUCGUUCAAUCUCGAAGGCCUCUUCAAUCUCAUACAGCAGAAGAUUGAGCUGCCAGUGACGGAAAACAUCCAGACAAUCCCACCUCCCUAUGUGGUCAGGACCAUCCUGGUGUAUAGCCGGCCGGCCUGUCAGCCUCAGUUCUCCAUGACAGAGCAGAUGAAGAAAAUGCUUCAGUGCCCUUAUUUCUUUUUUGACGUGGUUUAUAUCCACAAUGGUGCUGAGGAGAAAGAGGACGAGACGAGCUGGAAGGAGAUGUACACUUUUUUCAGCAACCUGGACACCAAAGGCACCAAUUACAAAUAUGAAGUGUCUGUGACAGGCCCCGCCGUGGAGCUGCACAACUGCAUGGCUAAGCUUCUAGCCCAUCCCCUCCAGAGGCCCUUCCAGACCCACGCCUCCUACAGCCUGCUCGAGGAAGAAGAGCCAGCAGAAAUCGAAGCCACGGUGUAAUAAAUGAUCCCUCAAGUGCCCAGUUCUACCUGCCAGUGUCGCAUAAUUCAGGAGGCCUCUUCUCGCUGCAAGGUGUCUUGUGCACUGGGUACUGAUGAGCCAAAAGUCUUGUAACAGUUUUUUUAGUUUAACUGCCCAUAAAAUUGCUGCCUCUGUCUCUGGAAGGCAGAUCUCUAGGAAAACUGUUCAUCCAAUGAACUCUCUUCAUAAAGCUGCCUGUAUGAAUUGCCUUUAAUAUUUUGUUGUUGCCAGUUAAAAGAGCGGAUCUUUGCACCACAAGAUAAAGCUUGUGACAGUGGC